AUGCUCAGAUGGUACCAAGCCCGCCUGGCGGCCCGCCCCCUCUUUACCCAGGCCGUCACCACUUCGGUCUUGUUCGCGGUCGGCGAUGUUGCCGCACAGCAGCUAGUCGACAAGAAAGGUAUUGAGAAGCACGAUAUUACUCGGACCGGGCGCAUGGCCCUUUAUGGCGGUGUUGUCUUCGGCCCUGCCGCGGCCACCUGGUUCAAGUUCCUCUCUCGCCAUGUGAACCUGCGUUCGCCCAACGCGACCAUCCUAGCGCGCGUGGCGUGCGACCAGGGCGUGUUCGCGCCAACUUUUAUCGGCGUGUUCCUCAGCAGCAUGGCGGUACUCGAAGGCACCUCGCCGACUGAGAAACUGCAGAAGAGCUACUCCGACGCGCUGCUGACCAACUGGAUGAUCUGGCCGUUUGUGCAGAUGGCCAACUUCAAGCUGGUGCCGCUGCAGCACCGCCUGUUGUUUGUCAACGUUAUCAGCAUUGGGUGGAACUGCUACCUGAGCUUCCUCAACAGCUCGUAA